UAGCAGAUGUUUUUAUCGUUUAAACUUUAGAAAGUAAUUCUGAAAGACUAAAGCAAACUUGUUAGCAUGAUAUUUUAAACCAACUUUUACCACUUUCUUCUUUUUUUUCUUAUUUAUAGAUGAUAAUUUAAUCCAUGACUUCCAGAGUUGUAUCAGAUGUAGUGGCCCCACCACUCUAGCCAAAACUCUGUUUGUAUGGGAUGAAGAGUCACAGCAUCAGAUCAAUUACUCUCACACAGACAUUUCUUUUUAAAACUGAAGCUGCUAGCAGAUUAAUUUAAGCUUUAUAUUGAUGAUUAGUGGCCCUUGUGCCAGUUUUAUUUUUCUGCAUAUAUUUUAGGUUAGAUCACAUUGUCCACUUUCCUGCAGUACCAACUGAACAGGGGGAAAAUCUUAGGAACACCCCUCAACAGUGAGAGGGAGAUGUUCCAGUUUGGAAAGUACCCUAUGGACAUUUUAGAAAUGCUCAGUGGACACCAGGCACACCAGUUCAAAGGACUGGGGCUGGAAAGGCAACUGCAGCACCAACAACAAGUCCAACUUCAGCACCAGCAGCAGCUUCAACAGCAGCAGCAACAACAGAGUGAGGCAUCCAGUGGCCUUCUGUCUGGGCUUGGGCUUGGGUCUCUUCAAGGAACUAGGAGUAAUGCAUUUGCAGAUUCAUCAUCCUAUUUGCCAAAAUGAGUGCUCCCCUCCACCUCUUCCCCAACAUCCCAGUCCUCAUCCUCACCGCAACGUAAAUCAAGCAAGAUGAGCAGCAGCAGUGGAAGUGGUAGUUCUGCCUCUGGCUAUCCACAGUUCCUACGCACAUUUCCAGCUGAGGCUGCACUAGCUCAGGAGCAGCUCCACUCAGGAAUGGCGUUUGAUUUUGCUGGAGGAAGUACUGGAGGAGGCUCUGGGGUAAUUGGAGGAGUUGUAACGUCUGCACCACCACCACCACCCUUGCACCCUGGCCUUUCUGUUCCUCAGCCAUCCCCUGGACCUUCCUCAUCAUCACCGUCCCCUUCGAGUUCAACCACCACUUCAAAUAAUCCCCCCAGCAGUAGCAGCUCAGUGGCUGGACUAGUUGGACCCCAAUCUGAUGCAAGAAGUUUCCACCAGCAGUUCAGUUGCAUGCUUGCUGCAAAUCAAUAUCUGUUUCUGGACGUGCCCACAAAUGCCAGUUUAGAACAGUUUCUAGUGCAGCAGGCCCAUAAUCAUCUUGGUCUUGCUGAUUCAAAUACAGGUCUUGCUCCUCCUCCAGCCCUUCAUCCUUCCCACACUCAUGGCCAUCCAACUCCCCAGCCCCAACAACAGCAGCAGCAGCUGCCACCUCAUGCUUUGUCUCCUCACAGCCAUGCCCAUCCACACCACCCUCUACACCCUGCCCCCCAACCAUCACCUCUUGGUGGUUUUGAUUUUCAAGGUAUUCCCGUACUUUCAUCUAAUCAACUGGCUUCCCUAAUGCAACAAGAAGCAGGCCUGCCUUUGCCACUCCCCCUCCAUCUCUCUGUACCGAAAGAUGAUGGGAAAGGUGAUAGUGGAUCUGGGGCUGGAGGAAGUGGAGGUAGUGGCAGCAGGAGAAAGAAAGCCAUGGCUGGCUACCUGCCCCAGAGGAAGACAGAUGGUAGCAGUAGCAACAGCACAAGCAGUGCUAACUGCCAUGGCUCUGGGGCACAUGGUCAUGAUGGGUCCUCUGGUCUUGUGGGAGGAGGUGGAGGGGUUGGAAUGAGGGGUCUUGGUGGUGACCCUUCCUCCAUCCUCUCUUCGUCAACACCGUCCUCCUCUUCUUCAACUGUCUCCUCCUCUUCUUCCUCUGCCCCAUCUUCAAACUCUGCUUCUGUGCUGGCAAAUAUCUCUCAAAACCCCAAGCCUGAAAACCAGCAAUCAAUGACCUCCCAAUAUCACACAGACUGAGCAGAGGCUCUGUUUCAUUGUGGAGAGUGUGGCAAGUCUUUUAGCCACCUCCAAACCCUUCGCCGCCACAUACGCUGCCAUGAAGACGUUGGUGGUCCCAACAGCAGCACAAACACCAAUCAUCAACAUCAGUCAGAUCUGCCCCACUCAACACAAGAUGGAAUUUCUCAAAAUGCCCACCACCAGCAUGAGAAUCCAGACCCCAUGUCUUCCACUUGCUCAAGUCCAGAUAAGUCCUAUUGUUGCAAUGAAUGUGGAAAGGGGUUCAAGAAGAGAGGACACCUCCUUCAGCAUGGUGUCAUCCACUCUGGAGAUCGUCCAUAUGCCUGCACUGUCUGUGAGCGUUCGUUUAACCGCAGAGAGUCUCUCACUCGACAUGAGAAAAUUCAUGAAGAGAAGCCCUACCGCUGCCCUGCUUGUGGCCGCUGCUUUAGAGAGAGCACUUCUUUGCUUAACCAUGCUGCAUCUGGUAACUGUGGAAAGCCCGGGAGGAGAUCUAGAAGCAGUGAUGGUAGCUCAAUAGGUUCAGUAGACGGCAAAGUUGAAACUGAUUUUCCUGGUGGACAGAUUACUGACACAAAAGUGGUAUUUUGCAAGAAUGAGGAUAGCACCGCAGGGAUGUCUUGUGACAGUCUGUAUUCACAGGGAAGAAAUGCUAAUCAAAACCCUGUUGGCAAACCUAAAGAAGAGUAUAAUCCUGAGUAUUCAAGAGAUCCUUACCAAACGUCAUACAGGGUCGAUGACUACCGGCGACAACAGGGCAACCCAUCAUCCUACUCUGGAGAUUCCUGUAGUAACAGCCUGUCAACAGCCCUCAGAAAAGCUCCUUUAGCCCCAACACUUCACCCACACCCUCAAAAUCAGACACACCAUCACCAACCGCAGUCUCAUCUUCCCCUCUCCUCUCUUUUGGAUGACUCUGAAGAUGAAGUCACAAGUAGUGCCAUGUCCGCAAUUGCUGCAGCUGCUGCCGCCUCUGUCUUGCCUGCUGAAAUGAACAAUAAUGGUGGACGAGAGGAACGGAGAGACAUCAUUGGAGGACUGUUAGGAGGGCUUGGCUUCGGCUCCAUGGGUGCCUCUUCAUCUACAUCUGCAGGAAAUGGUGGCAAUGAAGAAUGCCUGAGUGGUUCAAUGAUACCUUUAUCUCACCCGACCCAACAGCAGCCUAAUUCACAGAAUGCCAACAAUCCUAAUGCCAAACCCAAACGGCCGCGAAAGCCCAGACAGAAAAGAGAACCGAGACCUCCAGGAGCUCCAGGAGAAGUAGUAAAACGUCGGAGAAGCAGUCAGAGUGGUGCUGCUGGAGAUGGUUCCGACAGGCCUUAUUUAUGCACUGUUUGUGGAAGGGGCUUUAGCAGACGGGAGACAUUACGUCGGCACGAACGUGUGCAUACAGGGGAAAAGCCAUUUCAUUGUGACAUCUGUGGCAAAGACUUCCGAGAGCCUUUUCACCUUACCAAACAUCAGACUGUUCACUCUGGGGAAAAGAAUUACAAAUGUACGCUCUGUGGAAAAGAUUUUGGAUAUGCGCAGAGUCUGAAAAGGCAUGAAAAAUUGCAUCUACGGGGAGAUUUCAAGCCAAGGCGGAGUAAAACCAAAUCUGCUGCAAAUCAAGGGGUGCCCGCUAAUCAAGAACAAACUGAUCAAACCAAUCAAAAUAAUCAAUCCAACCCUGGCGCUUAUUACUCCUAUUCUCAGGAUAAAGUUCAAGGAUCUAAUGCGAGCACAAGUAACCAACCCCCUCCAAAGCUAUAUACAUGUGAGAUUUGCUGGAAAUCUUUCCGUCAUCACUUCCAUUUGACUGCCCAUCACCAAGCCAUUCAUGAACAUGGUGGGGAGAAACUGUUUUCAUGCGAAGUGUGUGGAAAGGCGUUUUCAUACUCCAACAGCCUGACCAGACAUAGAUUAUCUCAACAUGGCUUGACUCGUGCUGGGCCAACAACACAACCAACAGGAAGUGAUUCUAUUGGAACUGCCUCAUCUGUCUCAGAGAGCGAGGCUGCAACCAAUGCACUCCUUCAUAUAUCACCUGAAAGCGGAAGUCAUGGAGUACAACAGCCCCAUUCAACCAUUGCUCACACGCAGCAUCCUCAGCCCGCUGGAUAUUCGCCACUCUUCUACACUCCAGAGUCAGGACAUCACAGUUCAAAUCAAGUCACUUCACACCCCCAACAUCUGCACUACUCAAACCCCACAAUGGGUCCCCUCCAGCUUCAGCAGCCAAUCAGUGGGAAGCAGCUAAUUUAUUCAGGGGUUCCAAGUAACACACUUCAUUCCACUCCACCUCAUAUCCACAUCUCUCCACCCCAGCACUCGCAACACCACCAGCAACAGCAUCCUUUUUUAUUGCAGUCUCCACAUCUACAGAGCCCGCAGCCCCAGGGGGAUGCCACCCAAAGGAAAAAAAAAAAAAAGAAAAAAUAUAAACUGCCGUUGAUAACUGGAUUCAGUGCUUAUGAAAUUGCCAGGAGGCAAAUGUAUUUAAAACGGAAGAAGUGCAGGCUUCAGCAGCAGCUAAAACGGAAGAAGUGGAUGGCUCAGCUAAAAUGGGCCAAGUUUACUGGAGGAGGGCUUGGCUUAAAUGUAGGCGGAGGCACAUGGCGUGGGAGGUUAAGGUUCAGAGGCCUUCGCUCUCUCAUCGUGCUUAAGUCAUAUACUUGCCCUGUUUGUCCCUUCACCACUUUUUCAAGCAGCAAUAAGUUUCGGGUGCACCGUGUAACAAGGCACCCACCGAAACAUGGCCGCUAUAAUCGCCUCCGCUGCAUAGUCUGUGGAAAACGUUCUCGAAGGCUACUGACGGCUCUCUGUCACCGGGCCCAGCAUCUCUCUCAAGGGGGGUUCUCUUGCUCGCGAUGUCCCUCACGAUUCUGGAAUGGCGCUCUCUUACAGCGCCACAAAUUUGCUUGCCGUCGUGUCAGUAGAGGAAUCAAAAUGUCAAUAAAGACGACAUAUGUGGUGAAAACAGAGGACCAGACUGAAAGAUCAACAGUUGUGACAGGAUACAGGCACUGAGCAAACUGACAUCAAAACAGAAAUUGUACAAGGCCUUAAUAACUGAACUUUUCAAGGCAAGAGCAGGCACAUAGGACUGGAAAUCACCACAGAUUCAACUCCUUGAACAUGUGGUCAAACUAUAACCAAGGGAGUGCCUGGUUUCUCUAAAACAAAGGACUCAACAAGCCUGUACCUAAAGAACCAUCCAUUAUAGACAUGGAUCUCUAACACGGUUUCUCCAAAGGGGAAGAAUAUUCUAGAUUAUGGAACUGUUUUUGGUAGCACCUUUGUUGUAAUGGUAGCAUCUCUAUCCUCUAAAAACAAUGCAUUCAUUAUGUAUUUUCGUAACUUUAUUUGUGCUGCAAUUAUGGAUGCAUACCAGUGAAAGUGGACUAAUUUGAACAGUAACAAUCUAUUCUCUAAACUAGUUUCCCCACAGUACUCAAGAGUUUAACGGUAUAGCCUUUUGUUUACUCUCAAAUAUACGUAGUUUAUUUUUAUUUUUAUUUUUUUUUUGUUCAUUGUGGUGUUGUUUUGUUUCCCCCAUUUCGCUGUCUCCAUGUUAAAUGCAAAUGUUUGACCUGGAACUGAAAGUUACUGGUUUUGGGAACGGGGAUCAAGUGCAUAGUGUGUAUUCCCUAUGAACAACCUCAAUUCUGACACUCCAUGUUGAAUUCAAGUGUCUCACAGAGGGACUCGCUGCAGUGAAUCUGUUGAAACGUGCAAAAUAUUCUGCAGAGCUGAUACGGAGGGGACAGAAUGGUGUGCUA